AUGCAAGUUAGCCCGAAUUCUAAUAUAAAAAGAGUUUCAGCUCAUAGCCAUAUUAGAGGUCUUGGCUUGAGGCAAGAUGGAUCAGCUUUGAAUGACGGAAGUUCAGGAAUGAUUGGACAAUUAGAGGCUCGUGAGGCAGCAGGCAUAGUUCUAAGUUUAAUCAGAAGUAAAAAGCUAGCUGGAAAGGCGGUUUUAUUUGCAGGUCCUCCAGGAACUGGUAAGACAGCUAUAGCUUUGGCAAUGGCCCAUGAACUAGGUCCUAAAGUCCCAUUUUGUCCAAUGGUAGCCUCAGAAGUUUACUCAGCUGAAGUAAAGAAAACAGAAGUUUUAAUGGAGAAUUUUCGUAGGUCUAUAGGCCUUAGGAUCCGUGAUAUAAAGGAAGUUUAUGAAGGAGAAGUAACAGAAUUAAUAACUGAAGAGACAGAAAAUCCUCAUGGGAACUUUGGCAAAGCAGUUUCUGCAAUUUUAGUAACACUUAAAUCUGCAAAAGGAACCAAAACUUUACGUUUAGCACCUCAGUUAAGUGAUAUAUUUCAAAAAGAAAAGGUUCGUGUAGGUGAUGUUAUAUAUGUUGAGUCGACAAGUGGUACUGUUAAGAGAUUAGGAAGAUCAGAUGCUUAUGCAACUGAAUUUGACUUGGAAUCAGAAGAAUAUGUACCAAUACCUAAAGGGGAUGUACACAAGAAGAAAGAAAUUGUGCAGGAUGUAACUUUAUAUGAUCUAGAUAUUGCAAAUGCACAUCCACAAGGAGGUCAGGACAUCAUUUCGUUAUUAGGACAAUAUGUACGCCCAAAGAAGACAGAAAUAACGGAGAAACUCCGUUUAGAAGUAAACAAGAGUGUAAAUUCUUAUAUUGAUAAAGGUGUAGCUGAGCUUGUUCCAGGAGUACUGUUUAUAGACGAGGUUCACAUGCUAGAUAUUGAAUGUUUUACAUUUUUAAAUAGAGCACUAGAAAGUUCUUUAGCUCCAAUCGUUAUAUUUGGCACAAAUAGAGGCGUGUGUACAGUUCGUGGUACGGAUACUCUCUCAUCCCAUGGUAUUCCUGUGGACUUGUUAGAUCGUCUAUUGAUUAUUAGAACGGUCCCAUAUAAUAUAGAAGAAAUGAUUCGCAUUGUAUCUAUUCGGUGCGAGACAGAAGGUAUUAAGGUUGAUAAAGAUGCUUUGCAAGCUCUAGGGGAAAUUGGUAAUUCUACUUCUUUGCGUUACAUUUGUCAACUAUUGACACCUGCAGCUAUAAUAUCUGGCACUUACGGAAGAGAUUGUAUAACUAGAGAUGACAUAAAGGAAGUCGACAACUUGUUCUUCGAUGCUAAAGCAUCAGCAAGAAGAUUAGCAGAAGAUGCUUCAUCAUUUGUAGUAUAA